AUGGCAAACGCACAGGCACUUGGCAUCCCUCCUGGAAAGACUUCUGUCAAGGUGUCCAUCAUCGACACUACCUUUGACGCCGAUAUACCAACCGGAAUGUUCCUCGGUCCAGCUAUCAAAGGCUUUGAUCGGUGGCAUGCGGUAGCAUACGCGUUUUUGAUAACCCAUGUCGACACCGAGGGGAGAGAACGCCGCGUUAUCUUUGACCUCGGAAGUCCAACCGACCUUGAGAACGACUUUCCCCCUCCUGUGGUGCAAAGCAUCAAAAGUCUGGGCAGCCGUAUGGAAGCGAAGCACUACGUUUCUGAGAUCUUGGAAAAUAAUGGUGUCCCAUUGGAAAGCAUCGAAGGAAUGAUAUGGAGUCACGCUCAUUGCGAUCAUGUCGGAAGACCUUCUCUGUUCCCAAAGUCAACCUCUCUUAUAGUUGGUCCAGGAGUCAAGUCUUCAUUCUUCCUGGGGUUUCCAGCCGUUCAGGACUCCCCAGUAUGGGCUCGAGAGUUCGAGGGAAGAGAAGUUCUGGAACUCAAGUUCAACGACAACUUGAAGAUCGGGGGUUUCGAUGCCAUAGACUACUUUGGUGACGGCAGCUUCUACUUGCUGUUAGCGCCUGGACACUCCGUGGGCCACUUCAACGCCCUUGCGCGGACUUCCGAGGACACCUACAUCUACUUCGCUGGCGACUCCUUCCACCACACUGCGCUUCUUCGGCCCCAUCCUGGCGCCCGCCUCCCUAGCGAGAUCAACAUGCCGGGCGGAACUUGUUGCUCUGGUGCAGCAUUCCAUCCCAUUCAUCCCGUCGGCAGAGGCGCUGACGAGGAUCCGAACGUGACUCCGUUCUGUACCGUCCCUGAACUGCCGUCGGGCGAGCCGGUCAUGACCUUGCACUUACAAGACGCCCGUGAUACCAUCAAGGCGGUCCAGAAGUUUGAUGCAGACCCUAACGUCUUCGUCAUCGCUGCCCAUGAUGCCAGUCUGCAUGAUGUGCUCGACUUCUUCCCCAAGGAUGGAAGCGAAUGGCAAGCAAAGGGUUGGAAGGAGAAGGGCCGCUGGCAGUCUUUGCAUGACUUUGCCGCUUUGGUGAAUGCAUCCUAG